UCACGAGAUCAUCGUGACCUCCUAAUGACCCGAGGUUGACUGAUGCUACCCGACUUCGCGAUGGUCUCUACAGAAGAAGAGUGCAUUGCGUUGGCAAGCCCGUAUCAAGAAUCGAGCGAAGGUUCACUGUCAUGCCUGCCUGACUGGGAUGGUGAGAUAUGCUGGCCCUUGACGGUGGCCAGUCAGGAGGUGGAAAUGGACUGCCCUGACAAACCAUGGAUAGAUGCAUCGAAAUCAUUUUACAGGGCGUGUAACUCGAACGGAACAUGGGCGGGGCCUGGUCAUUAUUCAGAUUGCUUUCUUGAUAGUCUCGUCACCAAUCCCACAUCAUACCUUGCAAACGUCUCAGACGCACAACUAAAGUUUUUCGAGCGCAUGGUUGCAAGUAGUCGCAUCUUGGCCAUCGUUGGUAACUCCAUCUCGUGGAUCAGUCUCCUGGUGGCGCUCUGCAUAUUCAUGCAUUUCAGGAGUCUGAACUGUAACCGCACCAAGAUUCACAAACAUCUCUUCGUCUCCCUUCUCAUACGUCUCACAAUCGAAGUCAUCUUUGCUGUCGAUCGCCACUACAGUAUCGAACCCGGUCACAGAUUCAAUACUAACACGCUUCGAUUUCAGCCCAUACUGUGCGAGAUCUUCGAGGUGUUACGUGAAUACGGACGGUUUUGUGCCUUUGCCUGGAUGUUUAUAGAGGGAAUGUACCUCAAUUCGCUGAUCUCCCUCGCUGUCUUCGGCAAACCCAAGUUCCUGCUCUAUUAUCUGAUCGGCUGGGUGUUCCCUAUUCCCUUUGUAAGUGCUUGGGCUAUUGCAAUGGAAAUGACUAAUGGAAAUCGAUGCUGGUAUCCACACGUUAAUUCACUGUUUUUCAAAGGUCUUAUCGAGGUUCCGAGAAAUGUUCUUCUUGCGAUCAACGCCAUCUUUCUCAUAAACAUUGUGCGCAUUCUGGUCACCAAAUUACGGGAGAGUAACUCCGGAGAAGUUCAGCAAGUCAGGAAAGCUGUCAAGGCCGCAAUCGUUUUACUGCCCUUACUUGGGAUAGUCAACUUGUUGUGGGUCCUCCCCGAAGCUACGGCCAAGGAUAGCCGGGCAGUUAUCGUCAUCUGUCUCUUCGUAUUCAGAUUCUUUGCCGAAUUUCAGGGAUUCUUCGUCGCUCUACUUUACUGCUUCUUAAAUCGAGAGGUUCGAAUGGUCCUGAGGAGGAAGUGGUCGACGUGGAGGAACUACCGUGAUCCGACGCGGCCGAGAAGGACAUCGAUGAUUACCUCAACAUCAGAUGUCCAUUGUUUCUUUCAAUCAUACACAAAUCUUUUUAGAUCCACUCGACGCGAAGCACCAAACCCCGGAUCGGCAGCGGAGGAUUCGAAUAUAUUACGGUCACCGUCUGAGAUGAAGACUAUCCAUACACAAACUGAAGUGUGAAGUAUCAAACGGCACAAAUAAAGAUAUAUAUUUUCAAAAAGUCAUGACUGCUCGAUUGAAUAUAAAAAGACUCCUGAUUUGAACCAGGGAAGACUGGAAUUUGAACAGUUAAACGAUUGGUGUCUUAAAAGCGAAAUGUCUUGAAAUAUUAAAGUCAACAUAUUCAGGGAAUGGAGUUGGAGGAGCUAUUUUGGAGAAUUUCAACAUCGUGACUACAUGUAGAUGGCGUCGAUAACAACAAAUGUUUUGACCAACCAAACCUCGUUGAAAUGAACGUCGAGAAUCAUGAAACCAGCGGUGGCCGCAACCUUUAAAGUUUGAACUCAGAUUGGUUUUGGAACGUUACAAAAUGCACUUCAUGCAAUUGUUUGCGUGGUUUCUUAAAUGUUAUUGCCGCUCGUUUAUUUAUUGUUUACAAAGUAUAUGUGUGUUCCGAUAAUAUGUGUGUGUGUGUCUUUGUGUUUUAUAUUGCUUUUUUAUAACGGCUACCUUUUAGAACAGUGUGAGCAAUGUGAAUUCUGAAUAUAUAUUGCAACCUCAAUUCUAAACGUUUGAACAGGUCUGGAGCAAAUAUUUAGAAGUAUAUAUUUUUGAUUAAUAACAAUUCUUAAUUGGAAUACAAUAAUGAAAGCAGUUAUAGUCACAAGGAGAUUGCAUACACGGCAUGUGCUGUAUUGGAUUCCUUCGAAUGAAGUAAUGAGUAAUACGAUACAGAAUAUAGAAAAAUAAAAGUACAUUAUCUUUCUUCUCUGCGUCAGCCCCAGUGAACUCGUUUUUUUCUCUCCAUAAUGUCCGACUCCUAGAUGGCAGCAAAUAAAGUUCAGAGUGUAGCGACCAUUGGUUGAUAAUCAUCAUCAUUUAAAUCAUUUAAACAAAAGUGUUUGGUUUAAUAAGCAGCUUUUGUGCAUGUUUUAUGAUCGACUCGGUUAAUGUUAUGUUCAUGUUGCUGUAAUCAAUGAUCAGUAAUGGGUAAAGCAAAGUUGGGCAUAUAAUUGCCUAAAAUAGCCAUUAUAUAUUUAAACCAAAUUUCCCCACUUAUUAAUUGCAUUCUUCAAGAAGGGUGGAAAUAUAAAUAUGCAUUUUAUAAUGCGCAUAAAGGACCAAUUCGCGUAAGUAGCGAGAAUGGAAAUAUAUUUUCUGUUUGAAACUUUUGUUUUACCGUUUUAAUGACCAAAAGUAAAUCGCACAAAUUAAAAGCUGAUUCUUUUAUCACGACCAGGAGGUUUCCGUUGAUCUUCGCCGUAAAAGUAUCUUGAUUUUUGUAUAAAAAUGAGAAAAAUUAAUUUGUAUUUGUAAGUAAGACAGUAUAUGUACAAAA